AUUAUAUAUAAUUUUAGAAAGUUUUUUAAAAUCGUAUCGCAAUAAAUCAGCACAAAUAUUAAACGGUGUUAAAUUAAAAUCCGAAAAUGAAUUAAAAUGUUCUACGGAUACUUCUCAAGUAAAUAGUCUAUUUAAUUUAGGAAAAUAUCAAAUUUACGAUGACGAACAUCCGUCUUUAUCGCUAAUAAAGAUGCCAAAUUCAUUGUCUGGUAAAGGUUUCGACGAAAACGAUAAAAAAGUUGAUUAUAAUUUAUCGCAUAUGAAUGAAGGGCAAAUAGGAACGAUAAAACUCCGACAAUCCGGGAAAGUUGAGGUAAAUAUUGGAAAUAUGGUUUACUUGAUGGAAUCGAUCGGAGAAAAUAGCUUCAAAGAGGAGCUUGUUUAUGUUCCUGAAAAUUUAAAAUUAUCUUUUGGUCAAGAUGUUUCAACGUUAGGCAAUAUUAAUGAUAAGUACAUGUUAUUACCUUCUUGGAAAAAUUUAUUCGAACAGAAAUCUACACAAAAAAUAGUUACAGGGAAAAAUGUUAUCAAAAAGGAACUGUUAUAAUUUGUUUGGAGAAUCAUUGAGUAUUUAGUUAAAUUGAAUAUAAUGGAUUGUGUAGAGAAGAAUGUUAUCCUAUUAUAAGCUUCUGUUUAUUUAUUAUUAUAAAUUUCUACUUGAUAAUAGUGUAGGAUAUAAAUAAAUAUUUU